CACUAUGGCUAUUACGUCAAACUUAAACUAUCUCGCGCCAAUCGUCCUAUGGGAGGAAACCAAACCAUAUGAGAUAACGGGCAAUGUCUCUGCUGAGAUACCAAGGACCAAUUUUCAAUUUCAACCAUACGCAGUUGCGAUCAAAGAUACCAGAGCUCUAAAGGAUGGUAUUUCGCUGAGCACUCAUGGCUUUGAAUGGGUGUCCCAUGAGACUGUGGAAGAUUUCAAGACAGAUGAGAGCGUGAACCGAUACAUCAAGGAAUUGGAAGGUUUCGUCAAAGACUAUUUCAAUGCUGAAAAAGUCUUAACGUUCCAAUACCAGGUUCGCAAAAGGCAGCCUGAUCCACUCGACCCUCGCAUUCGCCCGCCAAGCAACUUUGUGCAUGUUGACGUAUCACCAGGAGGAGCAGAGGCUCGUAUCCGGUUCAAUUACCCCGAAAUGGCAGAUGAGCUUUUGCGUCGCCGGUACGCGCUAUUGAGCCUGUGGAGACCGCUCUUCUCUCCCUUGAGAGACUACCCACUGGCACUUUGCGACGCACGUUCUGUUCAGGAUAGCGACCUUGUCGAAAGUGACUACAUAUAUCCUAAUUUUGUCAGCGAGUCACUUCUACUCAAGCACUCCCCAAAGCAUGAAUGGUUCUAUCUCUCGGAUCAGCGCAAGGAGGAGUUACUGAUUAUCACCAACUACGAUUCAGCCUUCAAAAGACGAACCCCUCACACGGGCUUUGAAUUGGCUGACACCGCUGGGAAGACAAAGGCUCGAGAAAGCAUCGAAGUUAAGGUCGUGGUUUGUUUUUAAAGGCUUUACUGAUGUAAAGUUUCAACGAGGGUUAUCAAUUCCAAUUUCAACUGUUCAAGGAGGCAUUUAAACAAGAUAGUAACGAAUGCCUACUCAUGUCUUCCUCGAGUAACCCCAAAAUAUAAACAUGAUAUCAGCUAUACAGGCAACACAUAAGCAUCAUUUGCAAGUCCCAUGCAGGCAAGAAAUAUGCCCCUCUCCACUUAAGCACCGGAAUGGUCCUCGUACGCCGCGUCGAGAUGCUCACUCUUGUACCAGGGUUUGUCGUGUAGAGACAUGGUAGAUGGAACAUCAGUCGGGUCCACUUUAUAAGCAGCUUUCCAAGGUUGAUGCUUCGCUUUGGCUAUCUUUUCACCUCGACGGCCAAUGAUUUGGGAGACGCUGUGCUCGCCAAAGUCCUCAUCGAGGGAGAUAUCAAUCUUAGCCUUAGUGGUGCAAGAGGACAUCUU